CCGAGGACAAAAUUGUGCGCUUUGCUUGCGCCUCUUAUCAUUCAUAGAACAUCAUGCCACAAACAUGACACCAAUUGCAAUUACGCUCGUCCUUAUCGCGCUCCAGGUGUCGGUUGGGCAUUCCGAAAAGCCCCCAAACUUCAUUGUUAUCCUGCUUGACGACCUGGAUGAGACACAACGCUCUGUGGACAUCGCCAUGCCAGCAACCAAGCGGCUGCUGAAAGAGGGAGGUGUGACCUUCACCAACCACUUUGUAUCCACACCCAUCUGCUGCCCCUCCCGCGUCAAUCUGCUGCGUGGCCAAUACAGCCACAACACCAACUUCACAGACGUGCUGGGGCCGCAUGGCGGCUACGCCAAGUUCAAGGCUCUGGGUCUGGACCGUGACUGGCUGCCGGGCUGGCUGCAGGCGGCGGGGUACAGCACACUGUACACCGGGAAGUUCAUUGUGGACUACACCAUCCGCAACCACCGCCCGCCGCCCGCCGGCUGGACCGCCUUCGACGCGCUGGUGCACCCCUUCACCUUCGAGUACUACUGCCCCGCCUUCGCACUGGAUGGCGGGCCGCCCGCCAUGUACCCGGCACAGUAUGUGACGGACGUGGUUGGCGCCAAGGCGCGGGCGCUGCUGCGGAGCGCGGCGGCGGACGCGGCGGUCUCCGGGCGGCCCUUCUACCUACAGGUGGCGCCGCCAGCGCCGCACCACUCUAUGCACUACGACUACAACGCUACGGGCGGCCUGCGCGCGCGGCACUGGUACCCGCCCGUGCCCGCCGAGCGGCACUGGGAGGCGUUCAGCGGGGCGGCACUGCCGCGGCCCGCCUCCUUCAACCCGCGCAACCUGUGGGGCAAGCCCGCAUGGGUGCGCGGCCUGGAGCGGCUGACUCCCGGCAACGUGACCUUCCUGGAGGAGGUGUUCCGACUGCGGCUGCGGAGCCUCUUGGCGGUGGACGAGCUGGUGGCGGGAAUCAUGUCGGACCUGGAGGCGCUGGGUCUGACCGGCUCCACCUACGUGCUGUUCACAAGCGACAACGGCUACCACGAGGGAGCGCACCGGCAGGGCAGCGGCAAGACCACGGCGUACGAGGAGGACAUCCGGGUGCCGCUGCUGGUGGCGGGCCCGGGCCUCCGGCCGGGCUCCGUCAUCACCUCCACCACCCAACACGUGGACCUAGCGCCCACCCUGCUGGCGCUGGCAGGCGCCCCGCUGCCCGACAUGCUGGAUGGGGAGCCCCUCCCGCUGGCCGCCGCCGCCGCCGAAACAGCAGCCGCGGCCGCCGGCACCCACACAGCUACUGCCGCCGACGCAGCCGCCGCCUCUGCAGCCGCCGCCUCUGCAGCCGCCGCCGACACGGGUGCGGCCGCCGACACCACCACUGCGGCGGCCAACGGCCACAGCUAUGGCGGCGGUGGUGGUCUGAUGCCCACCGGCUACGACUGGGGCACACAGGCGCGAGGGCCGCCGCGAGAUGAGCUGUUGGCUGAGUUCUGGGGCGUGUGGGAUGACGAGAGCAUCCACUCCCACGCCCCCUACUUCAACAACACCUGGAAGGCUGUGCGGGUGCUGCGGAACGACCGCUCGGAGGCCUACAAGUACGUGCUGCACUGCAGCGGCGACUACGAGCUGUACGACUUGGUCCGAGACCCCCACGAGACCACCAACCUACUGGCGUCCGCCGCCGCCGCCGGCAGUAGUAGCAGCAGCAGCAGCAGCAGCAGUAGCAGCAGCAGCAGCAGCAGCAGUGGUGCUGCUACAGCCGAGCACGGCCCCACUACCUCCAUCGCUAGCGCCACCGCCGCAGCUGCCGCGAAGCUGCUACGCCUGGUGGGCUCGGACCGUGCAGCGGCGGCGGCGGCUGCAGCGGUGGCGCCGGCGAGUGAGGCGGUGCGGGCGGCGGCGGGCGCCGCCGCGUCUAGCGCCGGCCAGGCCUGGGGCGCGGCGCAAAGCGCGCUUCUCGAGGGCGGCAAACGCAGUCCCGCCGCCCUGUCACGGCUGGCGGGGGUGGCCGCCUCCGCCUACCGUGCUGCCGCUGUGCGCGCCACAGCAGCAUCAGCUGAUGGUGCCAGUGGUGGUGAUGGUGGUGGUGGUGGUCGUGAUGGUGGUGGUGGUGGUGGUGGUGGUGGUGGUGAUGAUACCGGCAGCGAUGGCGCCGCGGUUGGCAACGGCAUUAGCGUUACGGACAGAUAUAGCGACAGCGACAGCACCGGCGGCGCGCAGCAGCACGCACAAGAAGAUGAGGAAGGAGAUGGGCCGCACACCAGCAGCGGCACUGCCGGCCAAACUCAGCAGCAGGCGACAGGGCCGCUAAUGGACACGGUCGCGGCAUGGGGGCGCACCGCCUGGGCAGCCGGCGCCGCCGCCAGCGCCACCCGCGCGGCCGCCUCCGCCGCCGCCACCGCCGCCGCCAGCGCCAGCGGCACCGCUGCCGGCACGGUGCGGGCGCUGGUUGCGGAGGCGGGCGCGGCAGCUCGCAGCCGCAGCGCCGCCGUGUGGUCCUCCGCGGCACAGCGCCGCCUGACACACACGCCUACCCCAUAUAGCGCUGACAGUGGCAGCGAAAGCGAAAGCGGAAGCGCGAGUGAAAGCGCAAGUGAAAGCGAAAGCGGAAGCGCGAGUGAAAGCGCAAGUGAAAGCGAAAGCGGAAGCGCGAGUGAAAGCGCAAGUGAAAGCGGAAGCGUCAGCGGAAGCGGAAGCGGUGUCGCAAGCAACGCUGCAGUUUCCCACAGUGCCAACACCUGCCCCGAGCACGUGCGCCGCGCGCCCACCGCCGCCGCCGCCACCGCCCAGUCGCCUGAGGGGGCUCUGGCCGCCACGGGGGCUACCGCAGCUGCAUCAGGCGGAGCCCAGCCCUUCACCAACGCCGCCGCCGGUGUCUCCUCCUCCUCCUCCUCCUCCUCCUCCUCCUCCUCCUCCUCCUCCUCUCCCUCUUCCUCCUACUGCUGGUGGCUCGGCCGCGUACGCAGCCGGCUGGAUGCGUUGCUUGCGGUGCUGGCCGUGUGUCGGGGGAGAGCCUGCGUGCGGCCCUUCGAGGUGCUGCACCCCGACGGCUCCGUGUCGGACCUGUGGGCUGCCAUGGACGAGCAGUACGACGGCGUGUACGGCGGCAUCACGCCGUUCAGAUUCGGCCGCUGCCUGCCGUACCAGGACGCCGAAAACGAGCUGUCGGACUUCCGCGGCGCGACGGUUGGCAGUGGUGGGGGGACGGUUGGCGGCGGGGCGGCGGCGGCGGCGGCCACGGCGGUUGGAUUGCCGCCGCAGCAGUCGCUGCGGCGGCUGCGGUAUGAGGGGGAGGCGGCUGCGGCAGAAGCAGGAGCAGGCGCGGGAGGAGGAGGAGCAGGAGGCGCCAGCGGCGGAGCGGCGGGCGGCACGUUGCCAGCACAGAUGUCAGCUGGGGCGGCGGGGGCAGGGCUGGAAAAGGAGGGCCAGGAGGGGCAGCAGCAGGAGCAGGAGGGGCAGGAAGAGGGGCAGCAGGAGGAGGGGCAGGCGGCGGUGCGGCUGCGCAGCGGCUUUCUGUACCUGCGAGAUGAGGGUGUGGAGGCGGGUGCGGUGCCGCUGCCGCGCAAGUACCAGCUCCCUGGCUUGGAUAUCUACGGGCUGCGGGGGCAGCAAUACGGGGGGGGCGGUAGCGGUGGGGGGAAGGAGGGGGGCGACGCCGUGGCGGCGGGGGUGCAGGGCACCGGUGCGGUGGUGGACGGUGUGCGGCUGGGGUAGCGGGGGCAGCCUGAGGCAAGUGGCUAGGAGAGCUGCGCGCAGGGAGCGUGGACAUCUGGGCGAAAUGUGUGGCGCUGGCCCGGAAUGUGUGCGUGUAUUUUGACACGGGUUGGCAUUCAUCCAAACGGACGCUGCCAGACUCCCCUGCUGAUUUCGUUUUACUCGUCGUAUGCGGCAUGCCCUGAGGUCAGGAAUGACAGGGUGCUUGCACCCAGAGGAAACUUGCUUGGCCCCGGUCCGGUCGGUUGGUCGGGGGGUUUGCACAGGCGGGCACAGGUUCGUAUGCGCUUCUGUCCUGAGCACGGGGCACAGUGGGCGCAGCGCAGGAUGCGUCAUGCAUUAUGCAUACCCCGGCAUCAGAACACGUGCACAGGUUAGGGAGCGCGUGGGAGCGGCAUGCAUGUCGGGCAUGUCUGUGGAUGCCAGGGGAGCUGACCGGGGACAGGCUGGUCCUAAAAUGCCCCCUGGCUGGAAACAGGAACAUCCCCGCAACCGGAGCACUCGAAGCAAGCUUACGCACAGCGGCGCACGCUACUGCCAUGCCUCCACUGCCGCUGAAACUCCACGGGUGGGGAGGGAAAACAGCCACGCCUCCUCCAACGCUGGUUGCUCCAUACAUUGCACCUAGCAUCAGCCGACUGGCCUUGCGCUGUAUAUAACAUGUGAGGGCGGGGGGUAGUUGGGAGUGCCAGGGAGUACCUACCUAGGCUGCCCAGUCAGCGUGUGGCUGGCACACCCACGCACCGCACCCUCUGCUGUAAGAGCCGUGGCUA